AUGAAGUCUCCCCGUGAUUUUCUUUGUAGGGAUCCCCAUUUACCCAGUCAAACUACGCUGCAAGGUUCGCUUUCAUCCUCACAGUCAACCCAUUGGUAUUCUCAAUUUCAUGACCACGAUGUCUACGACGAUAAAUACGUCGGAUCGAGUAGUGACGUGCAAUCCCAGAUCGACCUCCUCGCCCGACUUCGCAUUAUUGAACAAUUGCAAGGCUUCUGUCUUCCUCGUUUCCGAAACAGUGUUCCGGACGACAUACUCACAGACAUUCUCAACUGGAUGUGCCUUUGUUUCUGCCCAAACCCUUCUUCCGACGACGUGUCUAUCGCUCUCGCUCUCUACAGUGGCCAAAUCACAGUGUAUAUCGGAAGUACCCCCAACAGCCCUUCAUUAUCGUCUCUGCAAACAACAAAAAAUAUCUUCAAAUCCACUCUGAAACGUGUUAUACUCAGUGGCGUCUCCUCGGCCUACCCAACUUCGACAACAACGACCCCUCCGGUUGCUACCGCAGUUAUCUUGCUCAGAAUGGUAGUCAACAUUGGUUGGAAACGUAUCCAAAGAAAAAUCAGUCUCCUCGGAAAUACCGACGGAGACCCCGAACAAACAGGGUCACGAUUCGUUUCCCUGGUCCGAUCCUGGCUAUUUUACAGACCCGAAGGGGAACGAUCCAAAGCGUUCGCUGACAAAGCUCUCAGUGACUGUGGUGAUAUCGCUAGGACGACGGACUAUAUGGUUCAGUCUUUCUGGAUUGUCCUCGACCAAGCGGAUAUGUGUACAGAUGAUAUGGGGGAUGAACAGAGGUUCCAGUAUUUGACGUCGAUUAUGAGGGCGUGUGAUAUGUUUAUUCAGUCGACCUUUUUCGACGAUUUGCUGAAUCAUCAUACGUUCCGGAUCACGUUGAAGCAGGCAGAUCUGAUAUUCCUUCACACACUUCUUAGACGAUUCUCCCACAUCGCGUCCUACCAUAGUGGAGCGGUAAAAUUCGCAAUCAUCGGCGUUCCCUUUAUCCACGAAGUCCUUGGAGAAUCCGGUAUCAAGGCGUUCUUGGAGGAUAGACCGAAAGGAGGGAUCGUGUUUGAGUUAAUUUCCGAGUACCAGGGUCACCAGAGUCCCCGUCACACCAGUCGUUCCGAGUCUGAACGUCCUUCACCUCCGAAUGGCCAGGGUAAUCAUUCACGUAAACUCCCAGCUUCACCGACGCCGGCGACUGCGCUCCCUUCACGAAACAUCCGAUCUUAUACAUGGCAAGAGUCACCUUCGGAGCUUCUCCCCUCUAUUCUUGGGCUCUGCGAUAACGACGGGUCUCGUGGAGCAGGAACAUCCAAGAGGAGUUCCAGAUCAGGAUUCGGUGGGAAGUCAAGAGCUACUUCGGGCGACGACGACGACGACGAGGAGGAUUACAAUGGGAACUACGGGCCCCGCUCAACCCAGCCCCAUUCGAGAGAGGGGAGCACGGAUACAGACAAUUCUUCUGGGACUUGUGAAUCAUCUGACUAUACUGCUUCUACGACCUCUACCACGAGCACAGAAGACGAAAGUGGAUCUAAGAGCGGCCCGUCAGCUGAACGAAAUCACCAUUACCACCAUAGAACCAGAAACACAUACCGGGAACUACGCCGACUAGACCGGAAACUCCAACUCGAACUUUUAUCUUCCGAUGUCAUAUCGGAAGCUUGGGUUCCUGGGAAUACUGUUACAGUGAAAUGCCAUUCGGUGUUGCAGCUUAUACACCAUUUGGAUAGUCCGGGUUGGGGAGGAGGAGGAGGAGUGGACGUUUUGGCCCAGACGGUGGGGACUUCGAAGCCGGUUUGUUGGAUGUGUGGGAAGUAUAUAAAGUGUUUGGAGGCUUGGUAUUUGUUGACGGAGGAUGAGGAUGAGGAUGAGGACGGUGAUACUGGUGAUCUUGGUGAAGGUGAGGAUGUGAACGCAAAAUUGAUGAAUAACAAACCGGCGGCCGCCCCGCGGUGGAAAAGGGAAAGAGAGGAAAAGAUCCCCAAGAAAUGGUACUUAUCCAAACCAUCCGGAAAGGUAAGACACGAUUGGCUUAUCCCACUCGAGGCACCCCCAGAGGUGGUAGAUGCGGUGAUCGAGGACGCGCAGAAGGAGAUGGAAAGGGUCGUGGAAGAAGUGGCGUUUGACCGUUAUUUGUAA